GCCCGCGGCUCCGUCGCGCUCUCCCUUUCUCUUCGGUAGGCUCCACCGAGCGAUGCUAGCUCUGGGAAACAGAGACGCCGUCUCCCGCUAGAGACCUGCCCCCCGGCCCGGCCCCUUGCCCAGCCCUGCCCAGCGCGCGGGGGUCGGCGAAGGCGCCGCGGACGCACCGACGGCUGAGGAACAGCGAUGCAAAUACACUAGCAGCACCCCCUAACUCACUCCCUCCACACCCCGCGCCGCCUCCUCCUCCGGCAGCAGCGGCAGAAGGACCCACCCUGCCCCCCACCCCACCCUCCGCCGGCUCCGGCUGCGAUUCCUGCCUCGACUAUUAUUUUAUUUAUUUUGGGUCGUGCACAAGCCUCAGUGCCUGCAGCUCGCGCCUCCUCGGACCGCGGGCGUCUCCUCCCUCGGCUCCGGAACCCCAGACCCCGGACACCCUCGCCUCGACACCCCCAGAGCCCCGCCAGCUGCCGCGAGUCUCCGCGGCUGGAAUCUUGUUAGAGGCUGUCUUUUUUGGGGGUUCUGCUUUCCCGACAUUUUUGUUUUCAGCCAAGGGGAGGCUAUCGUGAUUUUUUCCCCUUUGAGCCCAGGCUCUGCUUUCUGGGGGGGUGGGGGGCGCGCCGAGCCGGGGAGCCGUGCCAGCCGAGUCGUGCGGGCUGUGGCAGGGAAGGGGCCACCAUGGGAUGUACUCUGAGCGCAGAGGAGCGAGCCGCCCUCGAGCGGAGCAAGGCGAUUGAGAAAAACCUCAAAGAGGAUGGCAUCAGCGCCGCCAAAGACGUGAAAUUACUCCUGCUGGGGGCUGGAGAAUCUGGAAAAAGCACCAUUGUGAAGCAGAUGAAGAUCAUCCACGAAGAUGGCUUCUCUGGAGAAGACGUGAAACAGUACAAGCCCGUUGUCUACAGCAACACCAUCCAGUCCCUGGCAGCCAUCGUCCGGGCCAUGGACACUUUGGGCAUCGAAUACGGUGACAAGGAGAGAAAGGCCGAUGCCAAGAUGGUGUGUGAUGUGGUGAGUCGAAUGGAAGACACGGAGCCCUUCUCUCCAGAGCUGCUCUCUGCCAUGGUGCGACUCUGGGGCGACUCAGGGAUCCAGGAGUGCUUCAACAGGUCCCGGGAGUAUCAGCUCAACGACUCCGCCAAAUACUACCUGGACAGCCUGGAUCGGAUCGGGGCUGCCGACUACCAGCCCACCGAGCAGGACAUCCUCCGAACCAGGGUCAAAACCACUGGCAUCGUAGAAACCCACUUCACAUUCAAGAACCUCCACUUCAGGCUGUUCGACGUCGGGGGCCAACGAUCUGAACGCAAGAAGUGGAUUCACUGCUUCGAGGACGUCACGGCCAUCAUCUUCUGCGUCGCACUCAGCGGCUAUGACCAGGUGCUCCACGAAGACGAGACCACGAACCGCAUGCACGAAUCGCUGAAGCUCUUCGACAGCAUCUGCAACAACAAGUGGUUCACGGACACAUCCAUCAUCCUGUUUCUUAACAAGAAGGACAUAUUCGAAGAGAAGAUCAAGAAGUCCCCGCUCACCAUCUGCUUUCCUGAGUACACAGGCCCCAACACCUUCACGGAAGCCGUGGCUCAUAUCCAGGCGCAGUACGAGAGCAAGAACAAGUCGGCCCACAAGGAAAUCUACACCCACAUCACCUGUGCCACUGACACCAACAACAUCCAGUUUGUCUUUGACGCCGUGACGGACGUCAUCAUCGCCAAAAACCUUCGGGGCUGUGGCCUCUACUGAGCCCUGGCCUCGCCACCCAGCUGCCCACCACCCUGCCCAGCCUGCCGCCCCACCCCUGCCCUGGACAAGGGAGCACCAGCAGAUGGCACUGAGUGGGGAAGAGGAGGCGCCCUCCACGGCCUCCCCUGCCCCAGACACCAGAACACGUGGUAACGGGGUUGGCGGGGGCGCCGAGUGCCCACACCUGCCGAGACAGACGGCCCGCUGGCCUCCGCGCCAUCGCUGGGUGUCUCCCUGGGAGAGAGGUGUACGGGGCCCACGCCGCCGUCCGGGCCAGAAUGGGCGCGCUCUGCAUGCAGUGGUUCGGGCUUGAGGUCCCAGGGUCCCCUCCUGUCUUCGAAGCUGUGCAGGUGGUGGGGCGGCGUUCUGGCCGGAGCGGGGGCAGUGGGAGCCGCUGCUCAGCUUUUCUUGGGGUCCCUCUGGUCGAGGGCAGCUCUGUCACCAAAGGCCAGGGUGAGACCAGGCCACCAACCGCGUGUGGGUCCGGGGGCUCAGGCCUCGGCAAUGCCUCCCUCCUCCUCCCCCUGGACCUCAGUCCUGGACGCCAGUCCUUCCUUCUCUGGGCCUCCCUCCCUUCACACCUCUGGGGCUCCCCAGUGCCCUGCUGGGGAACCCCCACCCCGACUCCUCACAGGCCUGGAAAUGCUUCUGAGACCGACUUCUUGCAAAGGCACGUGGUAGAUGGUCAGCGGGGUUGAGUCCUGCGGUGCCUGGACGAGGUGGGGAAGAGACGGUGGGGGAGGGGAGGCCGGAGGAAGUGGCUCUUGCGUUGACUGGGAUGGGGGCCUCCCACCCGGUCUUUGUAGGCCCCAGGGUGGCUUAUCUACUUCUCCCGUCAGUCACCCGGGGCUUGGGCGGCCGCUCUGGAGUGUGAGCAGAUGUGCUUUUUCUUUGCAAAUUCACGGGAAUCCAACACAAACCAGCUGGGGCAGCAGGGGGCCUGGGGACUGGAGGUUCUGCAGUUGAGCAGGCCCAGGGGAGGUGUGGGCACGGCCCCUGUAGCCGGUGUCCCAGCUUCCUUCUGUCUUGGUGAAGAAAUCGGAGAGUUUGUCCACAGCCCUUGGGGUCCCGCCAGCCCCCGGGGGCAGAGGAGGGCAGACGUACGGGCCCAUCAUACUGUGUGUGCUGUGAGGGGCACAGCCUGGCUCACACACACACACACACACGGCCCCAGCCCCCUCCCCGGACAGAGAGACUUGAGACCCCUUGGAGGGGCUUUGCUGUAGAGACCCCUGAGGAGAAAAGGGUGGGGUGACUCCUCCUGGUGACCCCAGGCCCUGGCUGACCUUGGACAAUGAACACACCUCUUUCUCUCUCUCCUGGGCGCCUCCUGUUGGCGGAUGCCACCAGUCAACACCCCAGGCAGACCCUGUGUGCUUGGAUGGCGGCUUUGCCUGGGGAGCCAGAUGUGCCCACAGGAGGAGAGGGGCCGCCCCUGAGGGGCCUCUGGCUCCCUCCUCAAGCCCUCUGCUCCUCCAGCACCCACUCUGGGCUCUGCUCAGUCCCGGGCCAGGCAGGACCCAUGCCCUCCCAGCGCAGCCGCUGACUGCCCCGCAGCCAGGAGCUCUGGGCUUCUCGCUUCCAACAGACCCGGAGCUCUGGGUAGUGCACGGGAGACCCAGGGCACCUUCCCUAGUGCCAGACGCCUGCAGGGGUGGGCGCUGCUGGGGUGAGCCCCAUCCCUGCCUGGCUGUCCUGCUGCUGCCCCUGGCCUCAUGGGAGACAGCAGGCAGCCCAGCUCCAUUUCGGUUUUGCUUGCCUCGUUGUGUGCUGCGCCUCGUACAGGGUGCUGGGUUGUGGCAGAGGACAGGCCCCUGGACCGACAGCCGCAGUGUCCCGCACGGGCAGCCAGGGCCAGUCGGGCCAUGUUGCCCGACACUGAAGGCGUAGCAGUUACUUCCUGGCAGCACCACCCUGGGUGUGGGCAGCUGUGCCCCUAACGCUGCUCUGUGACCCAGACUCAAAAGCAACUGCUAAGAAGGGUAUACUGGCCAAGCCCCACCUCUAAGGCCAUUGUCUUAGAGGUGGGAGUCACCUGCUCUCCAGGCCCAGGGCAGCAGCCAGGCGGAGGGCCCCGGGCCGUAGCCCACCCCAUCUGCCAUGUUAGGAGGCUGGGGAGCGGGGUGCUUGGAGCCUUCCUGCCCCUCCGUGCCCUGGGGUGCCUUUUCGCUCUCAGAUGCUCUGCCCUGCUCAGCUGCUUAUGCUACUCUUGCCCUCUGACCCUGGCCUGCCCAGGGGGUCCUUGGCUAUCUAGUCAAAGCCCCCAAGGAGCAGGUAUCCAGGGUGAAAUUCCUUCCCUGUCCUCUGCGUCUCCCAUCCACGUCGUCACAGGUGGCUCCACCAUGGGGAGGAACGACUGAAGGGACAGAUGAGUUUUGGCUCCGUCGUGGGUGUGGGUGUGGGGGAGAUGUUAUGAGUGACCAGACGUGGGUGAUUCUCUUAUCCACAGUGGCCCCGUGUGUGCCCCAAAGAGGCCAUGCUUCGACUCUCUGCAUGCCUCUAGUUUAUCAGGGCAAAGGGAAACUGAUCUCUAGGAGGGGCGCCUUUACCAGACCCGUGAAACUUAUGCCUGCCGUCUAGAUGCCUGUGGGCAGGUUCUGUGCCCUGCACCAGUUGCCCUCACAAGAGCCAGGUCUUAGCCUUCCCACCAAGAACUGAGAGAGGCCCCCAAGGCUCUCUGGCCUGCCUGGAGGGGGCAGUGCCCGAGGCCCAAGGAAGGGCUCUGUGGAGCCUGUGGACUCUGGCCUGAGGAAGGUGCAGGGUCUGCUCCAGCCCUGAGCAGACAGCGCACCAACAGUUCUGACAUUCUGGUUCUAUGGCCCCCUUGCCUGGAGCUCUAGAUGCCUGGUUCCCUGGCCCUUUUUCUCCUCUCUGGUCCCAGCAGAACCUGAGGACCCAUGGGCACAUGCUCCUACCAUGGGGCGGUGGGCUCAGCCCGGGCAGAAGGCCAGCACCAGAUAUGGUGCCAGGAGGCAGCUCUCCUCCCAGCCUCUCCCCCGAGUCCAGUUCCGCCCCACUGAUGGGACCUGGAGGCACCCCUGUCCUCCAGGACUGCCCUCCCUACCCAGAGCCCCCAUGACCAGGGUCCUUAAAUCCCCAACACGGAACACCCAGGAGUUGGCUCACCUAGCUCACCUCUGCCAGGGAGAGUCCUGCAAGGGGAAAGAAUAUCCCACCGCUUCCACCUAACCCUGUGACAGUCUCUGCCCCACUGGCUGAUUCUGCAGGUUCUCCUCUCUGGCCUGCAUCAUUCCCGGCUCCUUCCCCCUUCCCUUGGCCUGACCUAGUACACUCUUCAGCCCUCUUGGUGAGUAAAUCCACCGCAAUCCGGGCCUCACCUCUUCCCUCCAGACAAGGUAGUGUCCUGCCCGGCCCCCUUUUUGAGAAGUCUGGUGCACAAGGCCUCUUCGGGUGGCCUCUGGCCUCCCCGAGCCUUCCGGAAGCCUUCAGGCACAACCUGGCAGUUCUCAGGAACUGAGGCUUGAGGCUCUGGCUCCGUGGCCAUCAGAGAUUCAGUCUUCGGUGCCAAAGGCCAGCACCCUCCAGACAGCGCCCCUUGUCAGUCCACAAGCCUACAGAGCAGAGGGUCCAACAGCCCAGAGCAGUGAGACAGGACACAGCAUCCAGACCAGGAUCAGGGCCCGGGUGUGAGCUGCUGCCCCCCACCGCCCGCCCCCAGCGAGGUGAGUCCUCAGCCGUCUUUCCCAGGAGCCAAGUGGGGCCUUCCCUUGGGGGCUUCAGACACGCUGCACCCCCAACCAGAUGAAGGCCCCCGUCAAGGGAGGGCCUGCUCAGGGCAGAGACAGAAGGGAGGCCCAUCCAGGCCCAGGGUGCCCAGGGCACCAGCGUGAACCCACCGCCCGUCGGAGGCACCACCCCUCCUGUGGCCCAUCCUUUCCUCCCCUGCCCCCCACCCCGCCCCGUCCCCGUGGCCUCCCUGAGCAGCCAGGCCCUUCACCUCCUGGUCCCCUCUGUCUUAGUCCCUGUGUCCUCUGUGCCCUGUGCCUCCUCCCCUCCCCGUCCCCGGCAGAGGUGGGCUUGGGCGUGCCUCUCCUUUCUUAGCAAACCCCUCUUAGGUGCCGUGGUCCCACUUCCCGACCCCAGCGCCACCCGCCCCAUAUUAACUGUAAUUUUGUAAGAAGAGUGACUCGUCGGUUUAAUCUCUAGUCAUUGUAAUAAUUUAUUGGCUGCCGUAAUGUAUUUAUUAGUCACCCACCAUUAAUAAAAUGUGCCAGCUUUUCCUAGCACGAGUGUGGUGUGUUGCGUCAGUGCCCAAGUUGCUUCCACCGGCGCCCCCUGCACGACACGUGUCCUGGGGCCGGACUGUGGGCCACCUGGCAGAGGGGCACAGCCUGCUGGGGCAGGAUUCCAGGUGACCGGGAUUGUCGUGAGGGCAGAGGCUGGUCUGUCCCAUCCCUUGUGCUUGGUGCCGGCCACGCCCCUGCUCCAGUGGUGGCAGCCAGGCCGCUGGCCACGCUCUGCUGGAGACUGGGAGAGACAGGGUGGUGACGACAGCAGGGGUGGGUGCUGUCGCCUGGCUGUGGCCCCUGGCUCCCUUCUCUUUUCUCACAUGCUGACAACUCCUCUUGUGAAUGUGUUCUUGCAUCCGUGUUCUCCGGGGAAGCUUGGAUGGACAAGCUGGGCUCUUGGCUCCUUGGUGAUGGGUUCCAGUGUGUUUGGAGGGAUGGCGGUGAGGCCUGUGGGGUGUGGAGGGGUUCUCGGUGCCGGCGCCUCCCCUCCCUGCAGCGGCUCCCUCCCCACUGCCCUUCCUGCAUCUCCAGGCUCAGCCCCUCCUUCCAGGCUCACUCCAAUGCCCUCCCGACCGGACCAGGUCUGACUGGGGAGCGUCGCUGCCUCCCCGGCCCCGCCCCUGCUCUGUGCCGCUCGCUCGCUUGCUCGGAACCGGGACUUUUUCACGUGUGUGCAUUUUCUCUCCCCAACUAGACUGUGAGCUCUCGGAGAGCAGGAGACUGUGCCGGUCGUUCCUAUAGCCCUGUAGCUGCCCCACGGAGGGCCUUGCACACAGAUCCAGCUGGUAUUGGUGGGAAGAGUGCCCGCUCUGCAGCCCUGGGGCGUGGAGGGGCCGAGCCUUAGCCAAGUGGAACUCUGGAGCCCAGGCAGCUGGCCUGGAUUUUUCCUUCGGACCUAAGCUUGGCGGCCUCCAGACCUUCAGCUCAGCCCACAUGCCAAAUGGGCACAGUCCGCACUCUCAGCUUGGGUCUCCCUAGUGGCCCCUUCUGGUCCUGGGAGUGCCCUGGGCAUAUGUCCCCACCGUGUCCCCCAACGUCUAGAUCAAGUCGAGAUAGUUGGGCAGUGAGUUGGGAUCUUGCCUCUGGUUGAGGCCUUCCAGCUGUUGGUUGAGCAGCGAUAGGACAAGGUGGUGUCGUGUGUUGGUGAGGCUUUUCCUAUCGAAUCGUUGGCUCUCCUCUGCUCCCUGGUGGCUCGGGGACCCUGGGCACUCCCAGCCCCCACCCCCCUGCGCGUGGAUCCACCUGGCCUCCCAGGAGACCUGCGCCUGCCCUUUUCUGAACAGCCUCCAUUGAGAUGGCACCGGGUGGAAGUGUCUCAUGCCUCCCUGAGCGUGACUAUGCAGCGACUGACCAGUAGAAAUUGCGGGGACUGAGAAUGAAAUUGACUGGUUGAGGCUAGGAGGGUAAUAAGAUCAUAGGAGUUUGCUGAAUAUGUGCGGCAGAGUGAGAGGACGAUGCCAUUUAUUUACUACAGAUCCCAGAGGGCGUCGUAAAUCCGUGCGGUUGUCUAGGGGCUCCCGAGAGGCAGCUGAGAACCUAGACUGCCCCCUCCACCAACUGGUCUUGACCAUAAGGACAAGGGUUUGGCACCAAUACCCUUUCCAGGUCACCAGUCAUGGAAAAGAUGAUGGAAGGCACGCGGAGCUGGCCAUGACUCUCUGAUCAUUUAUUCUAAAGCCCACAGGCUCCUCACUCUGGCUGGAGAAACCAACCCAUUGCAUUGCAGAAGCUCUGGUCUGGCCCAGAGCCGGGUGCAGGUCUCUGCUCUUCCUCAUCCCAGCCUUGUCACCUCUCAUUGUCCCCUAAGGAUCGAUGAGGUUAAAUGACACAAGGCACGGGAAGAGCUGGCAGAGCGGGGC